AAUUGUGUAAAACACAAUUUUCUUAUGCAGGAAAUCAAGAAAUUAAGAUAUGAGUUGUGUCCGCGUGUGAUGAAAGAAAGAAAAUUUUGGAGGAUAUAUUUCAUACUUGUUAGUACUCAUGUCUGCCUUUAUGAGAAGCAGUACAUGGAGGAAGUUAAACAGAGAGCAAAGCAGGAAGGAGCAAACGAGGACGAACCCAAGCAAACGCCCGGGGUUAAAACAGAGCCAUCGGAAUCUAGUCUGAAAAGUAAAACUUCGAGUGCAUCUACCGAGCAAGAUUUGGAUACGUUUUUGUUGGGAGAUUUCGAAGAAAGUGAUGGUGGCGGAGGAGAUGAUGGUGAUGAUGGGAGCUUUGGUGAUGAUUUUGACAAGAUCGGAAAUUCGGAUGUUGAAGAAUAGAAGAAUGCAGAAGGAACAAAAUCUUAGCUGCUACGUCGAGAAGAAGACUGUCGAGGGGGUAGCACGAGCAGCCGGUGGUUCCCGGAGCAUGAUCCGGCGGUUGGGAGUUCAGUAACUAUGGUGUAUGUUUACUUUAUACAAGAUAUAUGAUUACUGUUUGUAAAUAUAUUUGGCAUUAUAUACAAAAAGCUGCCUUUGUAUAAAGAAUCUCAUUCUAUU